AUGCUUGUUCCUCUUCUGCUGUUGAAUCUUCUACUUCCAAGCACGCUUGCUGCUCCCCACCUCAAAGCGAGAGACUGUCAAGUAAACGAAAUUCCAGCCAGUCUAACUGACGCUUAUAUCGACCGGAACAACAAGAACAACGUGUCCUUCCGCGUGUAUUCAGAAGACAUUGAGACUCGAUGUCCCCCACUCGAUAAAGACCCUCAGAAGAACACGGCCAAACCUUUCACUUCGAAAAACGUCUACGAGUGUACAGACCCCAGUGUCACUUUCAGGUACAAUGGAGACAACGGCCAGCUCAGGAUCUGGAUCAACAACGACCAAGGCUCUUUCGGCGGUUCUGUCACUAUUUCGAAUCCCUCGUCGGAAGUCAUCUCCACUACCCUGAAAUGCCAGGAUAAUUGA